GAACUAGUCAAAUUGCAGAUUUGCAAUGAUGAGAACAUACGUAUAUGCAUGUCGUAUGUAAUUUCAAAAACACCAUAAACUGAAUACAGUACUUUGAUUUGACGCGUUGUAAAAUUUAACACAGUACCGACUAUCUUCGUUAAUUCUAAGAACUAUGAUAAACGGGCAAUGAGAUUUCAGCACGAGAUGGCGCUCAAAACUCGUUUUGGUGAUUCGGUGCUGCGCUUCCUAAACUCCAGCGACAGACUGAGCUAAGGCCCUGUCACAAUACUAGCACAGAUUUCACUGACAGCCCAUGAGAAGCAGUCAUGCUGUUGUCGUUUCCAGGAGUUUAGUUCUCUGUAAAGCUGAUUACUGUUUUGCGGUCAUUGGUUUCCAAUCGUGCUUGAUUUUCCUCGUACGUUCCCAGACAAACACAAAUAAAAGGGCAAGGAGCAGAUUUAUUGAAACGCAAGCGGUCGCAAAGACAAACGCGGAAAGCUUAAGACAGCAAUGGAGCAAGAGCGGUCCAGAAACCGUGAAAGAACCAAAUAAUCGGUGGUUUCAGACGGUGAUUGCUGUCAUGAAACAGCAUUGAGGCUGCCAGGAAGGAAACUGUGGGACCUUCAGCUCUAUCCUUAAAAUGGAUUUGCUGAAGAAAUCGGUCAUGACGGCCAAUAAGUCUAAAGAUCAAAGUCCAGAGCUAUCAUGUUACUCUUGUGUAGCAUGCAAUGAAGAAGAACUUCAAUGGCAUGGAAAUUUACUGCGGGGCAGAACUAAGGCUCGGAGCCUAUCUUCAUCACCAGCUCCUGGAAACUCCCUUGAUUUCAGGCGGACCCGUUCACUUCAUGGACCUAGCCCUGUGACAAAAUUUGGACCAAAAGCCUGCAUGCUUCAGAAUCCUAAGACAAUAAUGCACAUUCAGGACCCAGCAAAUCAACGACUAUUAUGGAGUAAGCCUCCUAAAAGUGUCUUAAUUAUUAAGAAAGUCAGAGAUGCCACCUUACUGCAACCUUUCAAGGAACUCUGCAUAUUUUUAACUGAGGUUAAAAGACUGAUCAUUUAUGUGGAAAGAAAGGUUUUGGAAGACCCAGAAAUUGAAGAAGAUGACAAUUUUGUAGUGGUGAAAAAAAAAUUCUGCACAUUCCUUGAAGAGUAUGAUGACAUUUCUGAUCGAGUAGAUUUUAUUAUUUGCCUUGGAGGAGAUGGCACAUUGCUGUAUGCUUCCUCUUUAUUCCAGGAAAGUGUACCACCUGUCAUGGCCUUUCAUCUAGGCUCUCUUGGCUUUCUAACACCUUUCAAGUUUGAGUCCUAUCAAUCUCAAGUUUCUCAGGUUAUUGAAGGUAAUGCAGCAAUCAUUCUUCGAAGUAGACUAAAAGUGAAAGUAGUCAAAGAGCCCAGAGAAGUAAAGACUUCGCACGAGGUUGGAAGAGAUGAGAAGAGGAUGAUCAUAAAAACUGGAGACAAAGAUAUGAGCAGGAAAACAAUGCUGUACCAGGUUCUGAAUGAAGUGGUUGUGGACAGAGGUCCUUCAUCAUAUCUUUCCAAUGUGGACCUUUUUCUUGAUGGCCAUUUAAUAACUACAGUACAGGGUGAUGGUGUUAUCGUUUCAACCCCAACGGGGAGUACAGCCUAUGCUGUGGCAGCUGGGGCAUCAAUGAUUCAUCCCAAUGUUCCAGCCAUUAUGAUUACUCCUGUUUGCCCACAUUCUCUCUCCUUCCGUCCGAUUGUAGUUCCAGCUGGAGUGGAGCUUAAGAUUAUGCUUUCUCCAGAUUCUCGAAAUACAGCUUGGGUUUCUUUGGAUGGGAGAAAACGUCAGGAAAUUUGCCAUGGAGACAGUAUAACCAUCACUACCUCCUGCUACCCUGUUCCAUCUAUUUGCUUUCGGGAUCCAGUGAAUGACUGGUUUGAGAGCCUUGCAGAAUGUUUACAUUGGAAUGUGAGAAAAAAACAGAGUUAUUUUGUGUCUGAAGAAGAGGAGUUUUAACAAAACCAGGGAACUCAAGGAUCACAUUCAAGGGGUUUUUACUAUUUCUGACUUGAAGUUUUAACAUGAAAAUCAUAGCUACUUUAAUAUAUAAAUAAAGGAAAAACAUUUCUUUAAUACUGAGGUAUAAUCUUCUCAACACUAAUUGUGAACAUCUAAACCAAAAAAGAGACAUAAAAGACAACACAAAGCCAGCAUAAUUUUUUUGUUUAAUCUAAAUUCUGUGAUGUAUUUCCUUUAUUAUUCUACAUGCCUCAUGUGCUCUUAUUAUGCACAUUUUAUAGUAAACCUCUGUGUUCUUACAUUGCUGUUGGUGGUAAAUUAUUGGUUAAACAAUGGCAAAAUUGUAUAUUAUUGGUAUAAUGAAAAUUAAUCUUUGCAAUAUUUUAAAAUUGUGCCUUAGUCUUUUUAGCUUUGAUACCAAGAUGAAAUCUUAUGUUUUCCUUAUAAGAAAAUAAAUGUUUUUGUUCUUUUUGAAUUUCUUUGUUGCCUUUUAUAAUUAUUAAUUGGCAUUCACUUCUAAUUCUUCUCCCUUUUGAUUUUGAGAUUUUAUCUAAAACCUUUACAGACUGUUUAUACUGUUUUUUUAUUUGACAUGUUUACAGGCCUUGUAUUUUGGUUGAACAACAGUAUAUCCUUCUGUGAUUUCAAGAAAAAAAAAAGACAAAUCAGCAACAGUAAUAGUUUACAAACUCGGGAUAAGAUUUAAAAUGUACUCCUAGUGAAUCGAUGUAGAAGUCUUCUUUACUAACUGUAUUGUUGUUACAUGCCUGUGAUUUGUUUAAUAUGCCUACCUUCACAGUUUUUAAAAGUUUCUAGAUAUCUAAAGUUUACUUCCCUUUUGCAAAUGAGCACUUUACAUGAUUUUUGUAUAAUUUAAAUGUGCAUUAUAUGAAGCGAGUUCAGACAUGCAAAGAUUUCAUUUCUUUUA